AUGCACGAGCAACUUGAAGCUACCAUCUUCUAUGAACGGCGUGGCGGCAUUCGAGCAAGCGGCAGCCCUCAGCAUCAACAGCAGAUUGGGCAAGGACUUUUAUUACCAUCAGGAUGGUCAAGCGCUGGUUUGCUCGCUUGGCAAACGGAGAAAAAUCGUGUGGCUCUCCCGAGGAGAAGACCUGCCGACGCAUGCCGAAUCGGACCUCCACCCCAAGAAGUGUCUCCUUUGUUGCUUCUGGGAUUCAAAGGAAUGCUGUUUGAUAAGCUGCUCCCCCAAGGCCACACCGUCACCGGCUCCAUAUACCCUAUCAGCUCCAGAAGCUGGCAUCGGCCGUUCGAGAAAAACGGCCGAGACGAGCUUCGGCGCACCUCCUCCGCGUUAACGCUAGGCCUCAUGUAG